AUGUCGUUUUCUAAUUUGGUAUCCGACAUUGCUUUCCGUGAUGCUCGUGUCGACGAUGGCAGUUCACAAAUCUCUCAUGCCCGAUCUCAUGCGACCGCACGGUCGUACACAAGUACUGCCGCUACAAGCGUGAGCAUCUCCGGCGAAGUGUCCAGCCAGCUGCAUUCGGGAUAUAGCCAUCCAUUGACCAGGGCAUGGCAGGCCGAGAGACAAUUGACCAAGGACAUGCUCAUUUAUCCGUUGUUCAUCACAGACAAUCCUGACGAGGAGACUCCAAUUCCAUCAUUGCCCAAUCAAUACCGCCGUGGAAUUAACCGCCUAGUCCCUUUCCUUAUCCCUCUAGUGCGGAAGGGUCUGCGAUCGGUGAUGUUGUUUGGAGUUCCUCUCCAGCCGUCGGCUAAAGAUGCGCUCGGAACCGCCGCGGAUGAUCCCGAUGGUCCUGUGAUUCAAUCCAUUCGAUUGCUGCGAUCCCGUUUCCCUCAACUCUACAUCACUACUGAUGUAUGCCUCUGCGAGUAUACAUCACACGGCCACUGCGGCAUUCUUCGGGAAGAUGGCACCUUGGACAAUGCGCAGUCUGUUGACCGGAUCUCUGAUGUGGCCAUUGCAUAUGCCGCAGCAGGAGCUCACUGUGUGGCGCCCUCUGACAUGAAUGAUGGAAGAAUCCGCGCCAUCAAGUUGAAGUUAAUUGAAGCCGGUGUGGCACACCGCGUGCUCUUGAUGUCCUACAGUGCCAAAUUCAGUGGGUGUCUAUAUGGCCCGUUCCGCGAUGCGGCGGGCUCAUGCCCCUCAUUCGGAGAUCGUCGCUGCUAUCAACUGCCCCCAGGUGGUCGUGGCCUCGCCCGCCGUGCCAUCCAAAGAGACAUGGCUGAGGGUGCUGAUAUCAUCAUGGUCAAGCCAGCCAGCAGUUACCUGGAUAUCAUCCGGGAUGCCAAAGACUUGGCAAAGGAUCUUCCAGUAGCCGCCUACCAGGUCAGUGGCGAAUUUGCAAUGAUCCACGCUGCUGCCAAGGCUGGUGUGUUUAACCUGAAAGAUAUGGCCUUUGAAAGCACCGAAGGCAUCUUGAGAGCGGGAGCUGGUAUCGUCAUCAGUUAUUUUGUUCCAGAGUUUCUCGAUUGGCUCUAG